GGGCAGGGCUGUCAGUUACAUAGUGGAUGAGUCCUCCUGAACCCUGAAAAUAAAAGAAUUGCAGGAUACAGUUUGCCGUUACCCUGAAAAAUAAAUGGACCCCAACAGGAUAAUCCAGGCUCUUAAAGGGACCAUAGACCCUAAUCUGAGGAUAGCUGCGGAAAAUGAACUUAACCAGUCCUACAAGAUUAUCAACUUCGCUCCUACAUUGCUUCAGAUCAUCGUAUCGGAUCAGGUGGAAUGCCCCGUACGGCAAGCAGCUGCUAUUUACCUGAAGAACAUGGUGAGCCAGUACUGGCAGGAUCGAGAGCCCCCCCCUGGAGAGGUGGUCUUCCCCUUCAACAUCCAUGAAAACGAUCGGCAGCAGAUCAGAGAUAAUAUUGUGGAGGGCAUUAUCCAGUGCCCAGAUACAGUCAGGGCUCAGCUUACUGUAUGUCUUCGUGCUAUUAUCAAGCACGACUUUCCCGGCCGCUGGACUGCAAUUGUGGAUAAGAUCGGUUUUUACCUGCAGUCACAGAACAGUGCCAGCUGGUACGGGAGUCUGCUCUCUCUUUAUCAACUUGUCAAGACAUAUGAAUACAAGAAAGCAGAAGAGCGGAAUCCUCUUUUAGCUGCAAUGCAGCUCUUCCUGCCUCGGAUCCAGCAGCAGGUCACGCAGCUGCUGCCGGAUUCCACGGUGUUCUCCGUGCUCAUCCAGAAACAGAUCCUGAAAAUCUUCCAUGCGCUGGUGCAGUACUCCUUGCCCCUGCAGCUGGUGAACAAUCACACCAUGACCCAGUGGAUGGAGAUAUUAAGAGAUGUCAUUGACAGAGGCGUGCCCCCAGAAACCCUGAAACUUGAUGAAGAUGACAGGCCUGAUCUGGUCUGGUGGAAAUGCAAGAAGUGGGCCUUGCGCAUUGUCACACGACUGUUUGAGAGGUAUGGAAGCCCAGGAAAUGUGACAAAGGAAUACUUUGAGUUUGCAGAUUUCUUCUUGAAAACAUAUGCUGUUGGGAUUCAGCAGGUGCUGCUGAAAGUAGUGGAUCAGCAUCGACAGCAGUAUGUCACUCCUCAUGUGCUGCAGCAGGCAUUAAACUACCUGAACCAGGGUGUUUCCCAUUCCCUCACCUGGAAACAGAUGAAACCACACAUACAGACUAUAUGUCAGGAGGUGGUUUUCCCCCUGAUGUGCUACAAAGAUGAGGAUGAGAAACUGUGGCAGGAGGAUCCCUACGAGUACAUCCGAAUGAAAUUCAAUGCUUAUGAUGACCAUGUGUUUCCUACAACUGCGGCUCAAAACCUUCUGUGCACAGCAGCGAGGAAGAGGAAAGAGGUUUUGCCAAAGAUGAUGGAAUUUUGCCACCAGAUUCUCAUGGACCCUAACGUUGACCCUCGGAAGAAAGACGGGGCCCUGCAUGUUAUUGGCUCGCUUGCAGAUAUUUUACUCAAGAAAAGAAUAUACAAAGACCAGAUGGAGCUGAUGCUGCAGAAUUAUGUGUUUCCCUUGUUAAAUUCCAACUUGGGCUACCUCCGGGCCAGGUCCUGCUGGGUUCUGCACUCCUUCAGUCCUCUUCAAUUCCACAAUGAGCUCAAUUUGCGGAACGCUGUGGAACUGGUGAAGCAGAAUCUAAUAGAAGACAAGGAGAUGCCUGUGAAAGUGGAGGCUGCCAUUGCACUGCAGACACUUGUUAGCAACCAGGAGCAAGCCAAGGUGUAUAUAAAGCCCUUAAUCAGGCCAGUGAUGCAGGAGCUGCUAAAUGUAAUCAAAGUAACUGAAAACGACGACCUGACCAACGUCAUUCAGAAAAUGAUCUGCGAGUACAGUGAGGAAGUUGCCAUCAUCGCUAUUGACAUGACGCAGAACCUGGCUGAAAUAUUUCUCAAAGUUCUACAGAGUGAUGAGUAUGAGGAGAGUGAGGAUAAGACAGUGAUGGCUCUGGGAAUUCUGAGCACCAUUGACACCAUCCUCACUGUCAUGGAGGACCACAAAGAGAUAACGCAGCAGUUGGAAGGAAUCUGCUUGCAGGUCAUUGGGCUGGUGCUACAGAAACCCAUUAUAGAGUUCUAUGAAGAAAUUCUUUCUCUGGCAUUCAGCUUGACUUGUCCGGCGAUCUCUCCUCAGAUGUGGCAGCUCUUAGGUGUUUUGUAUGAAGUCUUUCAGCAAGACUGUUUUGAUUAUUUUACAGAUAUGAUGCCUCUCUUGCACAAUUAUGUGACUGUAGAUACAGACAUGCUGCUUUCUAAUCCCAAACAUUUAGAAGUAAUUUAUACCAUGUGUAAAAAGGUGUUGACUGGCGAUGCAGGAGAAGAUGCUGAAUGUCACGCUGCCAAACUUCUAGAAGUGAUAAUCCUUCAGUGUAAGGGAAGGGGCAUUGAUCAGUGCAUCCCACUGUUUGUGGAAGCAGUGCUGGAGAGGUUAACUCGAGGGGUGAAAUCCAACGAGCUCCGAACAAUGUGUCUCCAAGUUGCCAUUGCAGCCCUGUACUACAACCCUACCCUGCUCAUCCAAACACUGGAGAAUAUCCGCUUCCCGCACAGCCCAGAGCCCAUCACUGCCCAGUUCAUCAACCAGUGGAUGAACGACACAGACUGCUUCUUGGGGCUUCAUGACAGAAAGACCUGCAUUAUUGGCUUGAGUAUCCUGAUGGAGCUGCCGAACAGGCCCGCUGUCGUGGAGUCUGUGGCUGCACAGAUCGUGCCGUCCAUCCUGCUGCUGUUCCUGGGCCUGAAGCAUGUGUACGCAUCCCGGGUUUUGGCCAAGCAGGAGGCCUUCACAAGAAGCACUGCAGUGGAAGAAGAAGAAAACGAGAUCCCGAGUGAUGAAGAUGAAAUGAACGAGAGCAAGCAGGCGAUUCUUCAGCAGCACAGCACUCCGGUGGGCGAGGAGGACGAGGAUGAUGAUGACGACGACGACGACGAUGACUGGGAUGAAGAUGUCCUGGAGGGCACCGCGCUGGAGGAGUAUGGCACUCCCCUGGACUACGACAGUGGCCUCGACGAGUACCAGUUCUUCACUGCAGCACUUCUCAAGAUUCAGAGUACAGAUGCUGCGUGGUACCAGUGUCUUACAGCUCCACUCAGUGAUGACCAGAAGAAACAGCUCCAGGAGAUUUACACACUGUCACAGCAGAGGAAGAAUUCUACUGGCAAAGGACAAUGAAUCUAAAGGAGUUGAUCCCCAGGAAAUCAAGACGAUACGGCUGGAUUGAACUUUUUGUAGCAAAUGCCCAGCUGUGUUCUCUGCCCCAUAGUGGAAUACAUCGAGAGUUACAUUGCCACGUGCCACAAGGAACGGAUUUCUGGAAGUUUAACCCUUCACAGAGUUUUAGCCCAGCAGGGCUGCUCGGUUCUCUUAAUUCCUGACCAGCUAACACGUACAAAUGUGUGUGUAUGUAUGUGUUUUUCUCCUGUUCUGUUUGUUUUGAUUUUUAAAUCUUUCAGAGAAUGGCUUUAGUUUCUAAACGUACCACAGGUUUCUAAUCAGGCAGCAUCUGCUGGGUUUCUGCAGGAUAUCGUGCCUUCUGUUCCACAGGGGUUACCUGACACAGUAUUUUUGGAUCCAGAUUCAAGUAGACGUAUAAGUAGAAGUCUCAGGACUGUUUUUAUUUUGAAGCAAGUGUUUGAUCGCUGCAAAAUGUUAACCCUGGUUUCUGGGUUAUGGUAAUUCUUUUUUGUUCUGGUUUCCUCCUAUAGUUUGAGGUCUUUUACGUGAGAUUGCACUGUGUUUGCAAAUGACAGUCUGUUUUCAAUUUGAACAUCACAGAAAUAUUAAAAAGGGACUAACCGGAAAGACAUUUUACAAGUUGAAAAAAAUGGCCAAUUAAAUAGUCUGGGGCUCUGUUAGUGUUAGAGUAAUGUUACAGACAAAUGUUGACAAUAAAAAGAAACACUUUUGGCAGGGGAAUGAUUUAAUGUGAACUAAAUUAUAAUGUCUUCAUGUAACUGACAUCCAAAAUUACAGGCUUUCUUCCUAAUAUUCCAGUUUUGCAAGCUGAAAUAUGGUCUAAUCAUGUUCUAUAUAUGCCACAGAACAGCCAUUCUGUAUCUCAUCGAAGCCCACGCUGAGUUCUUAAGAACGAAUUGUACACAGUGUCUACUUUAAAUCUAUACUUCUUUAUGGUUGGUUGAUAGGUAUGAAAUUUAUUUGUUUAAAAGUGCACACAAUUAAUUAAAAGUACCAUAAAGUUGCAAAUAAUCAACUUGACCACUGCAGUGUUAGCGAGGAAUUGGUGUUCACAGAGGCCCUCUCAAACUGGUAUAAUGGGCUAUUUUAAAAUUGAAGGGGCAUUCGCAAGGCACACCCUUGUUAAAGGUGCACAGAUGGUUCCAUCUACUCAGUUGGCUGUACUGCAAUGGAAAGCUCCUGACUUUAGUUACUUGCUGAGUGCCCAGGCCUAGUCCACUUACUCUUUCAGUUGUAAUAUGUGUAAUACCUUUAAAUUCAAGGUCACUUCAGUUGUCACUUCUAACAGUGCAUGCUUUAAAUAUGGACUGGUGUGGGCAAACAGUCCAACCAUUAUUUACUGCAACACUAUUACACCAUUGUGUAUUUGACAUUUUAUUAUGAUGUGAUACAAUACUGCUAGUGUAAAUGCAGUAGCCAAGAGCAUUUUGUUUGCUAUGAGCAAGAACAUUUCAACUAACUAGUUUUUUUUAGGUACAUUCAUUUUAAUAAUUUGUGAGACAUACAGAUCACUAAUAAUUGUUUUUGAAUUUUAUAGUUAUUUACAGUGUUCUUGCGCUUAAGAACUGUAGAAAAAUGUAUCGUUGGCUACUAGUUUGUAUUGAUAUUGUGUGGAAGAUGGUGUAGCUCAAGUUUAAGCUGUGAAAAAAGGGUAAAAGGUCUUAAACCCUAUUCUAGUAAAGGUCUACGCAACCUCAACCGUGUAUCUGGGCACCAUAACACAUAGCUGACGAGAACCUUUGAUUCCUCACCAUUGCACCCCUCUCCUACACUGUCAAUACCUGGGGACUUAUUACACCUGUGUUUCAGAUCUCACUUUGGAAUUUAUCUCUAAUUAAAGCCACAGUACUCUUAAGUAGGGAACAGGCAGUGAGGCCCAUUUAAACCACCAUCUAGGUUAUAUUGGACUGUUUCAUUUUACCUGUUAGACCUGCAGUGGAAUGGCCAUUGAGAACCACAGUUGCUCCUUGCCUGUUCUUGUGUUUUGAGUUACUGUUCCUGAUCAUCACGACUUUAAGCCAAUAAAUCAAAAUAAUUGCUUUAAGAACCUUGUUUUGGCCUCCUUUUACGCAUUAGCUUUAAUAUAUUUAGAACUUAUUCUGUAUUUUGUGCUUGAGUGAGGGGGAUAUCAUUGUUUCCAGCCAGACAUGAUGGAUUUUUUCAUUAUAUCUGGGAUUGCAUUUAAUACAAGAACCCUUUUUUAAUCCAAAAGUCAGUCAUAAGAUUGUAAGCACUACAUUAUAGUAUUUUUUGGGGGCGAUUUGAAUACAUUCAGACAAAUGCGGUUUGUGACAGUUCAGUUUUAUCUUUAGGUGUGUUAGUGAAACCUUUUGUUGAGCAGAUGGUGUGUUAGUUGUGCAUGCCUUGAUGUAACAGGUAGCAUAGUGUGGAGAGUCUGAAAUAAGUUAGGGCACAGUUUAUCAAGUUUGAAAGUUAAAAUGUACAGCUAGAAUGUAGUUUUGUUGUGAGUUUCAUUUGAAGGAGAAACCAGAUAAAUCCCUUCCUAAGUUGUUCCCUGUCUAAUCAAUCGGAACAUCUUAAAACCAUGCAAAACAUGCUGAGGUCAGAUGUGGUACUGGAGAUAUUGUCAUGCUUUUUCUUUGACUGUUUCCUGUCAUUCCCGGUUCGUCCUUGUGUAUUUGUCUACUGUGAGAUAUAUCUUCUUUUUAUCAAGCAAACAGCACAUUUGGAAAAGAGUUCAAGGCCCCCUCUGGGUGCUUAAGUGCAAAGGGUCACCACAUGACAAGAGAGCUCAUUUGUAUUACCGUGUUAAACUGUCACACCUACUGGCAGUUCUGGAUAUCUGCAAGUCAUCAAAUAACCUAUAACGUUUAUUGCAGCUGAGUUUUAUCCUUUCAUUUGGCCUGCAGAUAAAAAAUAAAUAAAUAAAUGUUUUUUGCAGAUCCUAUAAUUGCACUAAGCAUUUU